GUCUCUGGGUCGUGGAGCGGGAUAAGGGAUUCUCUUCAUACUGAGAAGGUUUUGCUUUCAGGACAAGACUCCGUCCCUGCCUCACCUCAGAGUCUCGAACCUCUGGAGAAAGGGAAGCGGAAACCUCAGCUUCUGAUUUUAUUUUGGACGGUCGGGGUGAGGUUAUACCCUGCCAGUAACGGGUACAUACGAUGACGCGUUCUGUGAUGGACAGAACGAGCAGCCAAUCGCAAUCUUAGUGAGACCUUGAUUGACGUCAUUGCACCAAUCAACAUCAAGGAGGACGGGCUCUUGGUGUGAUAAGUGGAUACAUUGUGAAUGAUCCUCUGGUAGCUGGUCUUCGCAGAGAGUGAAGCCAACGAAGGAAGGUGGGUCAGAGCGCAGUCCCGUGAUGGAGGGCGGAAUGCAGUUACUGAACCGCGAUGGACACAGCAUCUCGCACAACUCCAAGCGGCACUACCACGACGCCUUCGUCUCCAUGAACCGGAUGCGGCAGCGGGGACUGCUGUGUGAUAUCGUGCUGCACGUGGGGAACAAGGAGAUCAAGGCACACAAACUGGUGCUCGCUUCCUGCAGCCCUUACUUCCAUGCUAUGUUUACCAAUGAGAUGAGUGAGAGUCGUCAAACGCACGUGACGUUACAUGACAUUGACCCUCAAGCCUUAGAGCAGCUCAUCCAAUAUGCCUACACUGCCGAGAUUGUGGUAGGAGAGGGAAAUGUGCAGACACUGCUUCCUGCGGCAAGCCUGCUUCAGCUGAACGGGGUUCGGGAUGCCUGUUGCAAAUUCCUGCUGAGCCAGCUCGAUCCAUCCAACUGUUUAGGAAUCCGGGGAUUUGCUGACACACAUUCCUGCAGCGAUCUGCUGAAGUCCGCACACAAGUAUGUGCUGCAGCACUUUGUGGAGGUUUCCAAGACUGAGGAGUUCAUGCUGUUACCACUUAAACAGGUGCUUGAUCUUAUUUCCAGUGACAACCUGAAUGUCCCAUCAGAAGAAGAGGUCUACAGGGCUGUGCUGAGUUGGGUCAAACAUGAUGUGGACACCAGGCGCCAGCAUGUCCCUCGACUGAUGAAGUGUGUGCGCCUGCCUCUCUUGACCCGGGAUUUUCUGAUGAGCAAUGUCGACACCGAACUCCUGGUCAGACACCACUCCGAGUGCAAAGACCUCCUCAUCGAGGCUCUGAAAUAUCACCUCAUGCCUGAGCAGCGUGGAGUCCUCAGCAAUACCAGAACCAGACCUCGUCACUGCGAAGGUGCUAGCCCCGUUCUGUUCGCAGUCGGUGGGGGCAGCCUGUUCGCCAUCCACGGAGAUUGUGAAGCCUACGAUACGAGGACGGACCGGUGGCACAUGGUGGCUUCGAUGUCCACCCGGCGAGCGCGGGUUGGCGUGGCAGCGAUUGGUAACGGGCUGUACGCAGUAGGGGGGUACGAUGGCACUUCUGACUUGUCGACUGUUGAGUCCUACGAUCCGGUCACCAAUUCCUGGCAACCGGAGGUAGCCAUGGGAACCAGACGGAGCUGCCUUGGUGUGGCAGUACUGCAUGGCUUGCUUUAUGCAGCAGGUGGUUACGAUGGCGCAUCGUGUUUAAACAGUGCGGAGAGGUUCGACCCACUGACAGGAUCCUGGUCGUCUGUUGCUGCCAUGAACACAAGGAGACGAUACGUCAGAAUUGCAACAUUAGAUGGAAAUCUCUACGCUGUUGGUGGAUAUGACAGCUCCUCACACCUAGCAACGGUGGAAAAAUAUGAUCCUCAGACCAACACUUGGACCACCAUCGCCAACAUGCUGAGCCGCCGGAGUAGUGCUGGCGUGGCGGUGUUGGAAGGGAUGCUGUACGUCGCUGGUGGUAACGAUGGGACCAGCUGCCUUAACUCCGUGGAAAGAUACAACCCAAAAACCAACACUUGGGAGAGCGUGGCACCUAUGAACAUCAGGCGGAGCACGCAUGACCUCGUUGCGAUGGACGGAUGGCUUUACGCGGUCGGUGGGAAUGACGGGAGCUCAAGCCUUAAUUCCAUUGAAAAAUACAACCCUCGCACCAACAAGUGGGUGGCGGCCUCGUGCAUGUUCACCCGGCGGAGCAGCGUGGGGGUUGCUGUACUCGAACUGCUCAACUUCCCCCCUCCAUCUUCUCCCACCCUCUCAGUUUCUUCCACCAGCCUCUAACGCUGGAGCCAAAAGCCAGGCAUUACCUCAGUAUGAACACGCAGUCCUUCUCGAAGUAGCCAGCUGCCGCCACGUGACUUGUAAGGAGGCUGGCUCUGGUGCAGGUUACCUUGGAUACCAUCAGCAUCAACAAAACUACAUCUCGAGCAUCAGAAAGCGGGCCCACACCUCUGCCACUAUUGUAGCAUCAGAUGGAGGGAGACACUACUGCCACAAUCUGAUCACGCAACGUAAAAGGGUGUUUACUUCAAGGCGAUUGGGGUCAGUUCUGGAACCCCCGGAUUUCAGACGGGAUUUGGAUUCAGCUCCGGAGGUUGGGAACCGAUGCGAUUGCCGGCAGUCUCACUGGAAGUUUUAGCGAAUGCCCGAGUGGCUCCAUCAGUAAAGCCCCCAAACACGGGCUGUGUUAUUUUCAGAGCUGGAUUCUACGUCUGAGGUCGGUACCUUCAUGGCAUGUUGCACGAUUAUUUAAUUUCAAAGAAAAUCAACGAUAGCCCACACAAGUGACAAAAAAUGUACUGGUUACUGAGUGCAGUGGUGGCCACCAAACUCCUUUAUAAUGACUUUCUUAACACUGCUAAGUUAUUUUCAGAGCUAUGUAGCAUUACUGAUUAUACCACAUAUCAGCUCCUUUGUAAUGACCUUUCUAAACCAGAUUAAGACAGGAGGGGUGCAGAAGGAUAGACUAUUAUUCUAUGUCUUUUGGUUUCAAACAUCUAAAAUAAUGCAGAAAUAAGCUGACAUACCUUGUAUGAUUUUGGUAUUGAUAUUCACCAGUGGGUUCUCUCAGUGUAUCGCUCCAUACGUUAAUGUUGACAAGAGGAAAGAAGACUGUUUAAUUUUUAUCUUUUUAAGUGGGAAGUAUGUUGGCUUGUAUGCAUUUCCCUUCCCGUUUCACAAACGUGAGUUUAUUUUAAGUCGUCGUCUUCCUCUGGUCGUCCCGUCAUUUGUUAAAGAGACAGGUAGAGGCAAUUGUUGAUUGUGAACCUUAUUAAGAAAGCAAGGAUUGGGGAUAAUCCACUGAACUUGAUAUCUUCAUUCAUUUCUCUCAGGAGAUGCAGAAAAGUUGUGGAAAAUUAACCAGUGUCAUGUUGUUUACAAUUUUAUUUAAAGUUUGUCCUUUGAUUUUAUUCCUCCUCUCCAGAAAGUGAAUUGCAAUUAGUUUUUCCAGCACUGUUGCAACGUUACCCCUCUCUGUAGGUCAUGUACCACUUGGUCCCUUAUCUCCUGGAUAGCGUGUGCUUUAUCAGACAGGUACAUCUCAUCACUCAAGCCCUCAACACCAAAACCAUGUUUUACAUAAAGGUAUACUGUGGACAUUGAAGUCUAAACUGGACAGUAGUGAAUGUUGGAAAUACUCAGCGGGUCAGGCAGCAUCAGGGGAGAGAGAAACCUUUCAUUAUGUUGCUUUAUGCUAUCUGCUAUGGUUCUGAUCUUUCAAAGCUUCAAUGAUUGUGUGAGUUAACGCAGAAAGAGGCAGGCAUUGACCGCCUGCUUUUCUCCACGGAUGCUGCCUGGCCUGCUGAGUUCCUCCAGCAUCAUUGUGUUUUUCAUCUAGAAUCCAGCACCUGCAGGACUUUGUUUCUCCAGAAAGAGGCAGGUUUGGGUCCUGGUCUGUUCUGAAGAAGAUUGACCCAUAUGGGACAGCUGAGACUAAGGCAGGGGUGGCUCUUCUUUUGAAAUGUAUGUGGGACAGAGCUGAAGCUGAUGAGACUUGACUGCAACCCUCUCAUGGUUGAAUAAGUUGCCAUCUUCUGGCUGAAGGAGAUGUUCUGGGGUGGGGUGGUUGCUGAUGGACUGGUACAUUUUAAGUGGCAGGUUUGCAGCAACCACACUCGCAUUGGUUUAUCUAAGGUUCGCACCAACUUCCGUCGGGGUUGCAGGGACUAAUCAGUGGAGUUUUCCUGCAUCAGCAUCGAGGUUGCUGGGACAAGGUGCUGGAGAGCCGUCAGCACUUGAGGAAUUCUGUCGCCUCAGUCAUUGGCACUGGAGUGAAGCUGGAUCCAAAGGCCAAAGUGGAGACACAGCUGACCUACAGUGUCCAUGAUUAAUCCACCAAUGACAUGCACCCACCCAGACGGCUCCAGUCAAAGAGAAGGUCACAACACAGUGGAAUCUGGCGCAGUCUGAUGUAUGUGCCCCAGCUGGGAGUGCAGGGGUCAAUCAGUUGCCUUAUACAUUCCCAUCUCAGACACAGAGAGCAAGUUCUGCCAAUGUUACACUCAUCCAGUCUCCAGUAAUAUGUCUGUAUGUUUGUGCAAAGAAAAUUCCUUGUAACGCGUAAUAAAUGAACUAGCUAGCAAAAGUGAAACAAGGAAAUGUCUGUUCAGAACGAAAUUGUGUUUCACAAUAUAUAAAAUUCAGUCACAAAGGUAUUUGGACUUUGAGUAUUACACUAUUGCCAGAAAGAUUACUGAAAAAGAAUUGACUUUCAAUUUUGAAACCAGAUAAACUUUUCUAAGAAGGUCUCCAUCUAACACCGUAUAUUAAUUCAGAAUUCAAACUAUUCAUGUUUUAAGUUCAGCUUUGGCAUAUGUCAAAGAAUGUGUUAAAUCAGACUGUGUCUAAUGUCCAACCAGAUGCCACACACUAACUCGAUACCAAAACCCAAUUCUCAGCCUUUGCCCCCAUUUGCCAGGUUGCAAUCACCGUCCCCCAGAAGAAUCAUUCAUUGUGCACUACGCUUUGAGAUGUGUGAAGGCAAUACUCACUCUUGUGUUUUAUUUAGUGGUUUCAUUAUUUGAGCUUCAUCAUUGCUCAAAUUGAUUAGGCUCACUGAAAGCCUUUGGUAAAUUUGGAAUGACGAGGAUUGGUUGGCCAAGCUCAUUUAGAAACCAGAUCAUUAGGAUCUCUGUCCCAUUCCCUUGCUGGGCCAUUUGGCAUUUCCAACAGCUUUGAUACUUUGGCUCCAAUUUCCUGGGGAGGUAAUUCAGCCCACACUGAAUGUGUCAGGUGGGAUUCGGAAAACCUUGUCAAGUUCUCUCUGAAGUGAAUGGUGUCACUAAGGGUUAGUCUCACUAUCUUCGGCAAUCCCUUUGUAAUUUCACUUAAAACCACAUCAGCACUUUGGUGUGUUUCUUAAGAACACACUGAUAAACAUCAUUUAACAAUAGUUUGUCAGAAGGACUGGAAAAGUGUACGGCAUAUCUUUAUUGUUCACAAGACACAGGCAAGGUCAGCAUUUGCUGCUCAUGUCAGAUUUCCCAUCAGACUGAGGGUCUUGCUGGUCCAUUUCAGAGGGUGGAGGUUAACUACCUUGGUGGGUCUGGAGUCACAUAUAGUUCAGACCAGGGAAGGAUACCAGAUUCCCUUACUUGAAGGAUAUUAGAGAACCGGCUGGGGUUUUCACAGCUUCCUUUACUGAUAAUAGUUUUCUUUCCAAUUAUUUAAUAACUUGAAUUUAAGUACCAUAAUUAUCAUGCUGAGAUUUAAGGUCACACCAUUCAUUCCCCCUUCUCCAGUCUCUAUCCCAAACCCAUCCUCCCCCCCUGCAAAUUAAUAGUUCAGAAUUUGAACUACCAUUGCAGUAACAACCACCAGGCUGGUUGGUAUGUCAAGAUCUAGGGAUAUAAGGAAAGAGCUAGUUGUUCAGGACUAAUAUUGGAAAGCACUUCUCCAGACAGACAUCUGGAACCUUCUUAAACAAGUGACAGUAGAGGCCAGGCCAGUCAUUUUAAUCUUAGUUUUAAAUGUGCGAUAAGUUAACAAAAAUCAAUGAAAAGUCCUGCUGAAUGGUCCCGGCCCGAAAUGUCGACUGUUUAUUUCCCUCCUUGGAUGCUGCCUGACCUGCUGAGUUCCUCCAACACUUUUUGUGUCUUGCUCCAGAUUCCAGCUUCUGCAGAAUUUUUUGUGUCUAUGAUGAGUAUUGAUUGAUAGAGGCAACAUCAAAUAUAUAAGGAGCCAUGUUAGUUGUGACCUAUUGACGGCAGCAGUCCAAAGGAGCUAAAUGGCUUCAUCCUGUUCCUUCAGCCCAAUUUUUCUGAAUGGAAGGUCUGAUGUGAUGCCAGUGUAGAGCAGAAUGUUUAGGCCAAACUAGGCAGCUAUCUGCAACCCUUGCUUCCACCCUCUGAGGACAGCCCCAACACAGCAAAUCCUUAUUAACCCAGUACUCUGAAAACAAUCAUUUACACGAAAGAGGAAACCAAAAAACCUGCACCUGCCGGAAACCUGAAAUAAAAACAAAACGCUGGAAACACUCAGCGGGUCAAGCAGCGUCUGCAGAGAGAGAGAGAGAGAGUUAAUGCUCUGGGUCAAAAACCUUUUGUCGGAACUGAAUUGGUGACCUAGAGAGGGAGUUAUUCUGUGUGAGGUCAGAGGGCAGGUUGCAUCGAAGAUGCACAAACAGUCAGUUGUCAAAGUGAUCAAUCCUGAAUUCUUUGGUAAGGUUACACUUCACGGAGCCAUACACCUCUUUUUGUUUUGUUCACUGUUAGAUUUUGCACUUCCCUAACUCUAGUGCAAUGACUUUGCUUUUACAUGUGCAGGUAUGAAGAAAAUGAGAUGUUUAAACAGGGUGGUAAAAUACCACGGGUUUAUUUUAAUUUACUGUUAAUAUAUGUGAAAUUGUUGCUUAUUUAUGGGUAAUUUAUGUUAUGUGAAAUGUUUUCAUUACCUUUGCA